AUGCUUGUUAUGCGAACUAUUGAUGAAACAAAUGGGACUGAAAUAAUACUAGAUCAUUCUACUAUAAGUAUUUUGUUGAAUAACUCAUUAUCUACUUUAGUUGUUAAUGACUAUCCAUUAAUAAGUUUAUUACAAUCAGCAAUAUUUUCUGUAUUUAAUGUUUCAAAAAUAAAAACGACAAAUAUUAUAUUUGGCCAAUUAUGUCAUCAUUAUUACAAUUAUCUUCAAUGUUUCAUUCACCAACUGAUUGGUGUAACGGGUACAAAUGGUAAAACAACAGUAACACAUAUGAUUGAGAAAGUUUUAUCAGAUGCUAAAUUGACAGUCGGUUAA